AGCGUCCUCUGUAGAAGUGUUUCGCCAUCCCUCCCUCUCCCGGUCGGUCUCAUCCGCGACACGCAGCCAUGCAGUUCCAGACCCUGUCGGGUUCAAGUACAAUGCUACUCCUGCUGCUACUAGCACCCGUCUCAAUAUGUCAAGCAAGCAGUUGGGAUCUAUCCAAAUUCUCCACAUUGGUGGCCUUUGGUGAUAGCUACAGCGAUGAUGCUCGACUCGAUUACUUCAGGGAACAUCAAGGGCAGGCGCCACCGCCCGGCUGGGUGAACCCGGUGAAUUACCAUUCCGCCGAUGGAGGACGACCAUGGCCCGAAUAUGUGCGUCAAUACGCCGGGGUCCGCCUGUACAACUACGCCGUCUCCGGAGGUGUCUGCAGCAAUGCCAUAACGCCUCGAUAUUACGAUGCCAUCCGAGGCCCCUACCCGUCCGUCUCGCAGUACGAAAUUCCCGCUUUUCAAGCCGACAGCAAAGUCGUCAACAAAGACGGCUCGAAAUUCCUCAUCGCGCCUGUGGAUCAGACGGUCUACAACGUCUGGGUGGGCGCCAAUGAUAUCGGGACUGGCGGGCUGCUCACGGAUUCGCAGGUCCUGGGUACGAGCAUUGCUGACUGCGUGGACUGCGUUUUCGCCCAAGUGCAGAAGCUGUACAAUCUUGGAGCGAGAUACUUCACGCUCCUCAACGUUGUGCCCUUGAAUCUGGCUCCGCUCUAUGCCAUGCCCGAUGCCGGCGGCGUAGGACCUAACGGUUAUUGGCCUGACAAACCUGCCAAUCGCACUGCUGUUUCGAUCAGCAUGUUCGAGCUGGUCGUGAGCAACAAUCAGAUCUACAAAUACCGGUUACCGUUCGAAGUGCUCGUGCAGAAAAACUUCCCCGGCGCCCGAUUCGCGCUAUUCGAUGUCAACUCGCUGUUCCGUGACUUCUACAACAACCCCUCGAGAUACUUCAACGGCACGGCGCCUGCGAAUGUGACGGGGUUCAUCCACCACUGUGAUAUCCAUCGCGGCAAUUGUGUCAAUCAGCCCAGCCCGGACAGCUAUAUGUGGUACGAUGAGCUCCAUUUGAGUGAGCAGACGGCGCGAUCUAUCGCGUCGGAGUACCUCAAUGUUAUCAAGGGCAAGAGCAAGUAUGCGACUUAUCUCUCCGGGUAGAAGAUGUCGAAGAUAGAAAGGUUUUUUGGCGAGUUGAAAAAGCGUGCUUCUGUUAGCGACGGUUGGUCUGAGCAGUGAUGAUGAAGAUGGCGAGCAUAUGAUGAUCUUCGGUAGAUACGGUGUAUGUACCUGUCGAUAUUCUUCACAGUGGGGACUCCAUUCGACCUAGUCGAAAAUGAUUUUGAACCAUCAUCUGACCGUUAA